AUGGAAGACCUAGAAGCGACAUCAGAAGUGACGGAUCCACCUCCUCGUCAACGAUUGCAUAAUGAAGCAGCUGGCAAUGAUACGAUGUCAUUAUUUUCUUCCGGAAUAGAGGCAAUCUUCAAAAAAAUUGCCGAUAACCUGGCAUCUCGGCCUCAAGCGGCGAGCUCACCUACUACAUUAAUUAACUUCGAUCCCGAUGUAAUUGGCGCUGAUGUAAUUAACUGGUGUGCAUUAAGUGAGUUAAUCAUCGAGAAGAAGAACCUAACAGGAGUGGACCUGAUACUGGUUCUGACACAGGCACUUAAGGGCCGUGCUACAAGCUGCCUCAUGAACAUACCACCAGACAAAAUAUCUUGGAAUACCGUUAAGGAAACUCUCAUUUCGAAGUUUUCUAACCCUAUGAUGAUGCAGGAUCAUUUUGAUCAGGUCCUACAAUUUGAAAUCAAGGAUAAAGAAACUCCCGCUGAGGCAGGCCAACGACUGUGGCAGCUUAUAGAAAAAAUACCUGAUGCAAAAAUGCCAGAACACGUAAUAACUGGUUUUGCGAUAUCAGUAUUGUCCAAGCUUGAUGAUAGAAUACGCCGCGAGUUUAAUUCAACUAUAAUUAACGAUAAACAUCAGUUUUUUCGUACCUUGCGUGGUUUCAAUCUAAAAAGGAAAACCGAAGAUAUAGCUGUACUGGAUUUACCAAAACGAUAUCGGAGCACGCCUGCCUUCAAUGGAAGUUGCAAUUUCUGUGGAAGAACAGGACACCGAGGUCAGGAAUGUAGAGAUCGAUAUCGAUUUUUUUCAAAAUCUUUGCCAGUUUCAGCGAAAGUAGAACAAUCAAGACCAACACUCGGCUCCACACGUCCAGUCACGUGCUACAUCUGCGCCGAACCAGGGCAUAUGGUCUCCACUUGUCCCAAGCGGUACCGUCGGAAGGACGACGCCACACCAAGCACCAGCACUACUACAGGCUCCAGCAAGCAGGUCAACGCGUGUUCCAGAGCAUCGCAUGGUGUGUUACAGAUAAGUGGUUUAAAACUAUCUUUCGUAUUUGACUCAGGCUCAGAGUGUAGUCUGAUUAGGCAGAGUAAUUGUAAUAGAAUCGGUGGUGAACAGUUUCAUGAACAUGUCGUUUUGAAAGGAAUAGGCAACAACCCAGUUUCCUCUCACUUGCAAAUCAAAUGUCCUACGACAAUAGAAAAUCUUACAGUGCCAGUCCUGUAUCAUGUGCUUCCCGAUCAGAACCUUAGUGAGGAAGUUUUACUUGGGCGCGAUAUUUUAGAGAUGGGACUAUGCAUAAAUAUGACCAAUGACAGGCUAAGCAUAUCUGAAACCAAAGAUUCCAAUUCUUGCAUUAAGUUAGAGACUUUUGAUGAAGAAUCAGUAGAUACAGAUUUGGUAGGUAGUGACAAAGACAAAUUAUUUGCUAUACUUAAGAAAUACUCAGACUAUUUUAUUCAAAGACUUCCGACGUCAUGGGUAAAAACCGGCGAACUUAAAAUAGACCUUAUAGAUCCCACUAAAACAGUUCACAGGCGACCGUAUAGACUAUCCCCUACUGAACUCUCCGUGGUUAAUGAAAAAGUUAAUGAGUUGUUAGAUGCGAAUAUCAUCAGAGAAAGUUCGUCUCCCUUUGCAAGUCCUAUAUUAUUAGUAAAAAAGAAAGACGGUUCUGAUCGUAUGUGUGUUGAUUACAGAGAGCUUAAUAGUAACACUCGCCCGGAUAGCUACCCCCUGCCUUUGAUAAAUGACCAAAUAGAUAAGUUGCAUGGUGCCCAUUACUUUUCAAGUUUGGACAUGGCUUCUGGCUUUCAUCAAAUUAAAAUUCAUGAGGAUUCUAUUGAAAGAACCGCCUUCGUCACCCCGACUGGGCAGUAUGAAUUUCUUACUAUGCCAUUCGGGUUAAAAAAUGCUCCUCAGGUUUUCCAAAGAGCAAUAAGUACCGCGCUAAAACCCUUGAAUGACGACAGAGUCCUUGUUUAUAUGGAUGACGUAUUAUCCGCAUCAGUUACUAUUGAAGAGGGUUUAUCUCGCCUUGACAAACUGCUGGACACUCUGUCCAAAGCAGGCUUUUCAUAUAAUUUCAAAAAAUGUUCAUUCAUGAAAAAAAGGACUGAAUAUCUAGGUUAUGUUAUAUCGAGUGGGGAAAUUAGGCCAAAUCCUCGUAAAAUCCAAGCUUUAAAGGAUAUUCCUAGGCCAAAAACAGCGACACAGGUUAGACAGUUUAUUGGCUUAGCCACAUACUUCCGACAAUUUAUCCCCGACUUUUCUAAGUUGAUGAGGCCUCUCUACCCUCUCACUUCUGCAAAGGGUUACAUUAGUUGGACUUCAGAUCAAGAUAGGGUGCAUCAGCAAAUUAUAAAUUACCUAACCAAUGAACCUGUCUUAAAAAUCUUUAAUCCCGAAUCACCAACUGAGCUUCAUACUGACGCUAGUAGUGAAGGGUAUGGAGCGGUUUUGAUUCAGAGAGAAAAUAAUCUUCCUCACGUAGUAGCUUACUUUAGCCAUAAAACUAGUGAUGCGGAAAGCCGUUACCACUCAUAUGAGUUAGAGACUUUGGCAGUAGUCAAAUCAGUUGAACAUUUUCGCCACUAUUUAUAUGGACGAAAGUUUAAAGUAUUUACUGACUGUAAUGCUUUAAAAGCCUCUCAUUCAAAAAGGGAUUUAACACCUAGGGUACAUCGAUGGUGGGCUAUUCUACAAUCAUAUGAUUUCGAGAUUAUUUAUAAAGAGGGUAAGAGUAUGGCACAUGCAGAUUUCUUGUCUCGUAAUACUCCUGUCGAUGCAAACACUCCCAGUAAAAUGUCCAAUCAUAAACCUAGUUUGAAACUGGUAAAUUUAUCAGAACUAGAAAAAGGAUGGUUGACUGUUGAGCAACAGCGUGACUCUGAGAUAUCAGAUAUCAUGUUUAAACUAAAAACAAAUUCUUUAUGUCCCGAAAUCUCACAUACGUAUGAUAUUAAACAAAAUGUGCUCUACAGAAAAAUACAGCGAGGCAGGAUCACAAAAUGGCUACCUAUCAUACCAAGGUCUUUGAUUUGGUCUCUUAUACAUCAAGUACAUCACGAGAUAAAACAUCUAGGCUACGAGAAAACUCUGAACAAACUAUAUGAUCUCUACUGGUUCCAAAAUAUGUCAAAAUAUGUCAAGAAAUUUAUCGAUUCUUGCGUGGUUUGCAAAGUAGCUAAGGGUCCAUCAGGCGCUCAACAAGUCCGUCUCCAUCCAAUCCCAAAAACAACAACUCCAUGGCAUACUAUACAUAUAGACCUCACCGGUAAACUCAGUGGUAAAAACCAGCGUAAAGAAUAUUGUUCAGUAAUUAUAGAUGGCUUUACCAAAUUUGUUGUGUUAAAACAUACCGCUACAUUAAAUUCCCUCGAUGCUACCAACGCAAUAAAAGACGUAGUCUGCCUGUUUGGUGCACCAAAGCGUAUUAUUGCUGAUCGUGGCCGGUCUUAUGAUAAUUCAGAAUACAAAAAAUUUUGCAGAGAUAAUAAUAUUGAAUUACACCUCAUUGCCACCGGUUCUAGCAGAGCUAACGGUCAGGUUGAACGCGUCAUGGGGACACUCAAAAAUCUAUUAACCAUUGCAGAACAAAAUGAAAAUUCAUGGCAGGAACAAUUGGGAGACAUUCAAUUAGCUCUUAACACUACAUACUGCAGAGUAACUGGAUAUACUCCAAUAGAGCUAAUGUUCGGAAUUCAGGGUAACUCAUUACAAUUGUCAAAAAUAUCGACAAGUUCACAUGACCCUACUAGAUUAGACCUUGAUGAAGCCCGCUCGAAUGCAUCCAAUAGCAUUAAUAAAUUAUCUCAUUAUGACGCGUCCCGUUUCAAUAAAGGCAAAGCCACUGUCAAACCAUUUUCGGUUGACGAUUUUGUGUUCGUAAAAAGUCAAGAAAGACAUCAAUCAAAACUUGACCAUAAAUACAAGGGUCCAUUUAAAAUAACAGCAGUUUUAGACAAUGAUCGGUAUGAAUUAAGACACAUAAGCGGGUCCAACAGAAUCUAUAAGUAUGCACAUGAAAAUUUACGUUUGGUUCCUAGAGGGCUUACUGGAUUCUUAGAAGUUUCUGAAAAUUGUAGUAAUGAUGUCGUGACGGCGGUUGACUGUGAUCGUGAGGCUGUUCACCCAAACAGCGACAGUAGCAGUACUCUGACUGCAAAUAGUGAUACUUUGUCUAUUAAUAGCGAUACUAUGUCUAUUAAUAGCGAUUCAGAGGCCAGUAUUGAUCAUGAAAGACCGUGCCAAAUUGUUACCGAAGCCAUUGUACAUAGAUCUAAUUAA